AUGAGAACAGAAACCACAGGGAGAGAAAACCAGAGAACGAAUUCCGGCAUUGGGGACUCUACAUGUUGUACGGUCAGCUGUGGAAAGGAGCAUUCCCUGGCUGGCUGUCACAAAGGAAGGGUCUUCGCGUGGGGAUCUGGUUCUGAAGGACAGCUGGGAAUUGGAGAAUUUAAGGAAAUAAAUUUUAUGCCUAAGAAGAUAGAAACUCUGACUGGUAUGAAAAUUAUACAAGUCUCCUGUGGAUGCUACCACUCCCUGGCAUUAUCAGAAGGAGCCGGGAUUUUGAAGAAGAAAGUAGAAGAAAUGGUCUGUGAGCGCCUCAUCGUCCUAAGGUCCCUGGGAUGGUGGAGGGAAAAAAGCUUCCUCAUGGUUGAACUCCAGGGAACACCCAGGACUCAGAUCAAGACAGUGAAGGGAACUUUGGGAGUCAUGAAGUAUACUAGUUCCACCAGUGUUUCCAGGAAAACCCUGCCAGAAAUAAGCCGAAUUAACCAGUUGCUGACAGAAAAAUGGAUGGCAGUGGCAAGAGGAAGUGCAGAGCAUGAAGUAAGUGACUUGAGAGUGAUAUUUUCAUCUCCUGCUUGUCUGACUGAAAGUUUUUAAAGAAAAGAAUCUGGAGAAACUAUUUCCAUUGAUGUGGACUUAGAAAGUGAGAAGUUAACAAAAAAAGAAUGGAUUUCUUCUUUGAUAACAACACGUCUCAGGGAUCCUCUGCUCAGAGCUCUUCCAUAUCGUUCUCCACACCAAGAAGCUUUAUCGGUCUUCCUUCUGCUCCCAGAGUGUCCUGUCAUGCAUGAUCCUAAGAACUGGAUGACUCUGGUGGUCCCGUUCGCAGAGGCUGUUCCUAACAUGACUGGCCAAUCUUCACAAGUCCUGAAGCAGUGUUGGGCAUCUUUGCAAGCAUCCUCUCUCAACACACUGGUCCAGAUGCUUAAAACUGCCAUCGCCUCUCACCUGUUUUGUUGGACUGAAACCAUUCAUCACCACAAUGUUAAAGCUCUUCUAGAAGUGAUGAAAGAAGUGUAUAAGGUAAACAAAGCUAAUUGUCAACUACGAAAUGCUUUCAACAUAAAUGAACUAUCCAUUUUGUUGAACUUUUAUGAAGAGAGAAGAGGAGUGAUCUGUAGGGAUAAAAACCUGGAUUAUGGUGGCAAGACUGCGAAGUGGAUGACACCAGAUGAAUGCUUCAGCAUGUUUAAUACCACUGUUGCCUGUAAGGAUUAUGAAUCAGAAGGGAUAGACUGCAUGGAUUUUGGGCAAAUAAUUCUGCAAGGAAAGGAUGAAUCCCCUCCACUUACACUUGGAGUCAGACAGAGUCACCUAGUUGAAGAUGCUCUGCGUCAGUUAAGCCAAGCUGAAGUCACUGACCUCCGGAAAAUAUCAGUUGUUGAAUUUAUUAAAGAAAUUCGUCCUGUGGGAGAAGGGGUGCAGUCCGAGUUCUUCCACCGUAUAUUUGAAGAUAUGACCAAGAAAGAAUAUGGGAUGUUCAUAUAUCCUGAAGAGGGUUCCUACGUGCAGUUUCCUGUCAACCCUAAAUUUGGGAAGAAGAGAUAUUUCUUCUUUGGGAUGCUGUGUAGACUAUUGUACAAUUUUAACGUUGUCAACCUCCCUUUCCCACUGGGUCUGUUUAAGAAACUUCUGGACCAAGAGCCAUCAUUAGAAGAUUUAGAAGAACUCAGUCCUCUUUUGGGGAAUACACGGGCCCCUCACUGUUGUGUGGGAUCUUCCCGGACCAGGGCUCGAACCUGUGUCCUCUGCAUUGGCAGGUGGAUUCUUAACCACUGUGCUACCAGGGAAGCCCAGUCCAGUGGUUCUGUUGGCUGUACGUUCAUUUUUCUUACAGGAAAUGAAAGGCUGCAUGUAAAAAGCAUACGGAAGGUGGGAAUCCUAUUUCGCUGUCCUGAAACUUUCAGUGAAAGAGAUUUCUCAAGAUCACUGACCUGUCAUAAUAUUCUGGACCUCCCUAAAUAUUCUGCAAUGGAAAGAAUGGAGGAAGCACUUCAAGUAGCCAUCAACAGCAACAAAGGAUUUAUGUCACCCACGGUCACAGAGUCAUAGUGACCUUUGAGAGGCUCAGAUCUCAGGUUCUCUCACCCUUCGAUCCUUCUGUUUUUCUUAGUACAAAGUGUUGACGGAUUUUAGUUAGAAUAAGCUGACAAAUGCUGGGAUAAACAAUAACAUGAUGAGUCAAGGAUAACAUUUUUAAUGAAUCAACAUUUCCUGAUCCUUAAACUUGCUAUGAGAAUGCUUGCUUUUUACUGAAUUACUUCCUGAACAAUAAUUAUCAUUUAAAAAUAUACUAAAUGUUAAAAGCUAACAGAUAUUUUUAAAAUACUGUACAUCUAGGGG